CCUAUCGCUAUUCAUAUCGUGAACUCUCGCUGUUAAACAUCUGUCGCUCUUUAACGGUGAGCAAUGUUUCCCGUGACAAACUGCAGGAGGGAGGCAUAGCCUUGAUCUCACUUCGUUUCGGGGCGUUCCAUAGACGGGACCUUGGGAUCUGGAGAGCGACAACUCCGGGCGGAGAGAGGUGCCGGAGCUGGGAAAGAGUGAAGGUACAGGGUAAGCUGGCAUCCACCCCAGAUCCAAUGAUGAAAUCAAGUUCAACAGAGAACACAAAUCUAGGCAUGCAGUCAUGCUCUGAGUCCAAAGAUCUGCUGACCAGCCAUGCAGGAAGUACCUUCUACAGCAGCUCUAGAAGUGUAUCCAUUUGGACCUCAGAGCCACGGACCGCCUGGGAGGUUUAUCACAAACCUAUCAUUGUCAUGUCAGUUGGAGGAGCGUUUUUUCAUUUUGGGUUCAUUACGACUGGCUUGUACUUUGCACAGAUCACCAAGAAGACAUGCAACAUACUGGGGCCAGCGUUUCUGUCAAUUGGGAUGAUGUUUCUCGUAUUUGGAUUGGUCUGGCUUCCUAUCCUCAAAGAAAAGCAACAAAAGAAGUCUACAUCUAGAUACUUCAGGAAACAGAAGUCACCAUUUUUAACCUUGUGAGAUAAAACAGCACAACAGAGAUUUUUGGAAACCUUCACUAUAAUACAUAUUUAUGUGGAUGUGUAGGAAUUUAUGGAGAUGACUAAACACUCUUUACAUGUGCUUUGGAAUCAAUGAACUUGAUAGAGAAAUGGACUUCCAUUCAUAGGCACCUUUCAGGACCUGACGAUAUGCCAAGAACUUUACAACCAAGUAUAUACUUAUUUUUGAAGUGUGGUCACAGUGGUAGGUUAUAAAACAUGGAAUAAAGUCACAAUGUGGCUUUUGAUGAUUUUAUUUGUUUGAUAUUGUCUGAAAUAAGGGAAUUUGGAGAUUCCCUUUCAUGUUCAAUAUUGGUGGAACUUGAUUAGGAAUUUAACAAGGGCUUUUCAGGGCAAUUCAGUUCUAGCUUAAAAUUAAAUGAAAAGCCAAGAAUUGCUGUAUCAAACAGUGUUAUUUACUCUGCAAUGAACAGUUUCAGAGGUCAAUAAAUAAAUUAUGCCUGUAAUUGAUGAUAUAAAGUUAUUGUAAAUAUUAUAGAAUUAAGUCAAUGAAUCUAUAAAUAGCAAGGAAGAAAAUAUGCAUGUUUUCUGUGUGAUCAAGGUGGUGCAUAACUUUAGGUGGCAGUUUGAGAUAGAAGAAAUACAACAAAGCCAAAUACUGCACCCAAACAUUAAUAACAUGCCUUAAUUCAUUGGAAGUUAUUUGUGCUCGGUAAAGUGUGAGCCAUUCUUACAGUUAUUUGCACUCCUGUGCAUUUGUCAAAGCAAACCCCAUGUUAGCUCUUUAUGCCCAUCGGGAUUUCUAAUAAGAUUGUAUCUGAUCAGGUUUGCAAUACAUUUCCUGGUAAAUCUGCUCUUAGUUUUUAAAUAUGAACAUCAUUACACUUUGCACAAAGCAUGCCUUAAAGGUAAUCUCAAGUAAUAUAAAGAUUGAAUUGCAUCUUUCAACAAUAGCAAAUUGCAUUUCAUGGCACCUUUGGCAUUGAAAAACUAUCCCAUAGUACUUCAUAAAAAUAGACACAAUUUGACAAUAAUUUCUAUAAUUUAUUCAUGUCAUUGGCAAAGAAGGCUUAAGCUGAAUGUAUUUUUUUUAACUAAGGUUCAAUAAAAUUCAGCUAAGUAAGGACACAAUCUUGUUAAGAUGGUAAAUAUAAUAUAAUUUGGUUUAAACAGAUUGAAGAUUAGAAUUUGAGAUUUCUCUUGUGAUCCCCAUAGAUGGAUUCAAUAUGAAUUCUUGAAAUUCUUCCAUUUGCGAUAAACUAGCUGAAAGUACCUAAACAAUUUUAAUCAUAUUGAUAGAAGUGACAGCUUUUGCUAUUCACAUUCUUUUUUUGCCAAAUAUAUGCUUUCAUUUUCUCUGUUCCAAACACCAUUCCCCAGCCAGAGUCCAACAUGAGAAUUGUGCAAGAGUUUGUGAAAGACCAUCUUGUCCUUUAUCAUAUCCAUUUUAAGAACUAUAAAUGGCAUCUGAUUUUACCUUCCCUUUUUGUAAUUAGUUAUCAACACCUCCUUCACCACCUGUACUUUCAAUGGUUGACUAGUAAUCAAGAACGCAACACUUAACGAAUUAGAAUUAGGGCAGCUACAUCUUAUUAACUGAUGAAUGUUGGAUCAUCGUCUACAUUUUUGUUGAGAUCCAACAAGGAAUAUCUUUUGCAAAUCUUUGAACAUGAUUUUAAUCAUAAAUAAUAAAGAGGAGGAUGAUUUUAGUAUUAGGUUUCCGCAGUGAUCCUAAAUUCUACAUAAAUUACAAACACAGGCUCGAGCACUAUGAUGACACAAGAGACUGCAGAUGCUGGAACCUGGAGCAACACACAAUGUGCUGGAGGAACUCAGCGGGUCAGGCAGCAUUGACUGUCCGUUUCCCUCAAUAGAUGCUGCCUGACCCACUGAGUCCUCCAGAGCUUUGUAUAAUGCUUGAGCGCUAUGGUGUAAUCCUUUGGCAAAAAGUCCAUUGGAUAUUAGUAUUGGCAUUUGAUUUUCUUCUCGGCAAUAAUUAAUUUUGGUUAUUUCAAUGAUAUAAGUUUUGCACAAAAAUAUCUCCCCAAGGUAUGGAUCUUGAUUGUAGUCUGAGUGUGGUAGAAAUAAACAUAUGGUCCUGUAUUUGCAAUGGGUCAUUUGCACAGCUUUUCUCUGUGUGCUUUUUGUACCCAUUUAUUCUGCACCUGAGUGAUCCAGCAGAUGACUUGCUGCUAGGCAUCCAUUUUAUUUUAAAUUAGUUGGGUGAUUUAGCUAUUCUCAAUUGAGAUAGAUGAAAAAUCUAAUGGAAGCUCAAUUUAUACUUCUUGGUCAUGCAUUCACAAAAUGGUAGAUGGAUUAAUGGCACAAACAUAAGAAAGUGGGUAUGGUCUAAUUACCAUGAUGGAAACGUGGCUGUAGGGUGACCAAAGAUGGAACUAAAUAUUCCGGGAUAUUCUACUAUUUAGUAAGGAGAGUCAAAAAGAUGAAAGUGAAAGUGGUAGCAGGAGGAGAUUGGGACAGUGCUGAGAAGUAUCUUGACGUGAUACACAAUACACACUUAAAGAAAUGUAAGUAGAUAAUGCAUAGGUAGCAAAAGAAAUAUAUUUCCUUAGGCAC